AUUCCCGGAAACAUCGGCAAGGGGUUCUCACCUGGGUUGCCAGUGUCGCGAUAAACUCCCCUAAAGCAAAGGGCUUUAGUCCCUUUCUCAUCACAUCCCUGAUCAGCUGACCUGUCAAAACAUCCAACACGCAGUGCUAGUGAACACCUAGCAAUGGCGAGUAUGGAGCUAGCCCCCCUCAGACCGUGGGAUGAUUUCUUCCCUGGAACUGACCGUUUCGCUAAACCUGACUUCAGAGAUCUGACCAAAUGGAACAACAGAAUGAUCAGCAACUUGCUGUACUACCAGACCAACUAUUUCGCUGUGGCCAUCGUAGUUUUCAUAAUUGUGGGGUUUCUUAAUCCCUUCGGCAUGUUUCUGGGCGGAGCUGUGGUGUCCCUGGUCUUCAUGGGAUCGGUCUGGGCCGGAGAGAACAAGACCAUCAUCAAGAACUUCAAGAAGAAGAACCCAACUCUGUUUAUGGCUGCUGUGUUGGGCACCAGCUAUUUCCUGUUGUCUCUGUGUGGCGGUGUCAUGGUCUUCAUCUUCGGAAUCACCUUCCCCUUGUUGUUGAUCCUGAUCCAUGGCUCGCUGAGACUUCGCAACAUGAAGAACCGGAUGGAGAACAAGAUUGAGGGUGUAGGCCUGAAGAAGUCCCCCAUGGGUGUCAUCCUGGACCUUUUGGACCAACAGGAAGAGAAGAUGAACAAAAUCCAGGAUUUCAUCGAGGGAAAGCUGAAGGAUUAACGGAAGACGACUGGAGCUCAGGAUUGAUUGUUGAUUGAGUGAGAUGCCACAUGCUGAUUGGUUUAAAAAAGAGUCCUCUAGAAUUGUAUUCCAUUAGCUUUUUGCUUCCUGCUUUCAUUGAGUUAGUCAUUUUGUGUAAGUUCCUAUGUAUAUGCAAAUACACAGGUGUGGUGUACAAAUAUUUGAGCACUGCAUGCCAUUUGGACGUUCAGAGACCAUAUGAAGGGUCGUUAGAGAAAGGGAGGAUCCCUGUGUUAUUUGUGACCAAAAAGAUUUUCAAAACCAAAUUUUGUUGAACAUAUCUGCUCCUAUUUGCGGCGAUUGUGCAAUAUUCCACAGGCUAUUUAAACAUUAUUUAUUUGAGUAAUGUAAAGCUGCAGGACUGAUGCUAUAUAUUUUGCAUGUUGAGGGUAAUGGAUAUAUGUAAACUGUGCAAAGCAGCAUAAAAAUGUGCUUGACACUUUUCCCUUUCAUGCAGUAAAACCAUAUUUGACUGAAUGAUGGGUGGCCCGAUCCCAAUGAUUUAUCAAAUACUACAAAACGGUAAUAAUAAGCAAUAAUUCCUUUCCUGGCAGUUCAGGAUCCAUAUCAGUGGUGGCCCUGCCUAUUCUGCUACUUUGUUAAGUUCUGUUUUAUGGAACAUGACACAUUUUCUUGAUACAAAGCACUCCUGUGCACAUACUAUUUAGUUCUGACGAUGCAGG